UUCUCAUCGCUGAUUGCAACUGCGCACACACCUUUGUUUUCUGCUAUUCCACAGCGCACUAGAAAUUUCUAAAUUAUUUUGAAUCUUUUUUUCUGCAAAAUGUCAUUCAAUUAAAUUAGCUUUCCCUGUCUACGUUGUGGCGUUUAUACCAAAACAAGAAGGCAUCAGGAAACAAAUCUUGCUGAAUCUGGACAUGCGUGUGUUUCAUUUUAAGCAUGUGCACAUUUUUACUUUCAGUAUGCUUUAAUCAGAGGCAAGUUCUCUUCAAGGUGUCAUGGCUCAGGAUCGUUGGUGUUUGCAGCCAUUGCUGUGGUUCACUUUAACUACCUUUUUCCAGUGUACUCCUGCUGUGGAGCAUGUCCCUGUGCUGGUGUGGUCGACAUUUGGCUCUUUAUGGAACCUGGAAAAAAAACCACACGAAGGUCAUAUCGUUAAAAACGAGGAACUAGAAACAUUCCUGAAACCAAUUUUUAACCAAGGUUCCCAGAAUGUUGUGCUAUUUCUUCAGAAUGAGCUUAGUGUUGAAGACUUCACGCAGUAUGGCGCUGAAAAUGGAGAUGAUGAAACAUUCGGCAAUGUACAGCAAUUCCUGGAAACUUCAAACUCAUCCCUGGUUCUGCCAGCAGUAGAUUGGAGGGCCAUUCAGUAUCUAAUGGAAAAUCUAACUUGGACCGAAAUACACAAUGACAUUGAUCAUGAAAUGGAACUGGAAAUGGAUCCUUCAAAACCAAACCUGAUUGUAGUAAAGUUGGCACCUGUUGAUCGCGUGACUAACGUCAAAAUGGCACAGAGUCUGAGCAGCAACGAUAAGGUAAUCGGGGAGACAACUAAUACUUUGAUACGGAAAGGAAUGCAAUUUUCUGCUAUUUACACGGCUUUGAGACCUUCUGUGGUUAUUAGAGGCAGCGCUGAAGGAAUGAUUCACACUGGACGGAGAUUGAUGGCCUCAGAUUCAACUCGCCCUGUGCCGUACCCACCAGUGAAUGUGACAAAUGGCACAGACACUUGCAUUCUCUUUCAUGCUGCCAGCCUGCAACUAAAAGCCAAUGGAACACUCAUCGAUUUGACCAAUGAAACCUUUAUUUCCAGAUCGGUGGACACCGAUAGUUCCACGUGUUCAACCAAGAAUGUCACGUUAUCACUCAAGUAUUCACUCCAACAAAGUCCAAGUCUCAGUGUUAAGACUCUAGAAACAAGGUUUCUGAUGUGGAACCGUUUCUACAAUGUAUCAGCUCGGCACUGGUUUACCUUAGACUUUGUUGAGAUAUUGCAGGAUGAAGUGAAUGUUGCAGUGUUUAAUGUAUCCAGCAUCUCAGCCCCACAUGAAUAUUCCUUCCACUGUCAGCUGGUCGGAACCAGUGGGCUCUCUGGGGUAGUGUUUAUUCCAGCUAAUGAUGCUGCUGGAGCCUGGACCAUCACAAUUUCUGAGUUUCAGAUUCAGGGUUUCAACGUGGAGGACAACCGAUUUGCUUAUGCCAGUGACUGUACUUCAUUCUUUACAAGGGCUAUUUGGAUGGCCCUGAUAACAUCGCUGAUCCUUUUGUACAUCCUCACCUUCGGCAUACACAUGAUUAUGCAAUUGACAACGAAUGACCGCUUUGAUGAUCCCAAAGGCCAAGCCUUAAUAGUUCCCCAGACUGACUAGGUCAACCUGAGUUCUCAAGCUCUCGCUCUUGUGUUAACUGGCGUAGGGAGGAACUGCAGUCACUGGUUGACCCCAAAGAUAGACACAAAAUGCUGGUGUAACACAGAGGGUCAGACAGCAUCUGUGGAGAACAUGGAUAGAUGAAUUUUCGGGUUGAGACCUUUUUCAAAAGAAAGAUAUCGACCCAAAACGUCACCUAUCCAUUUUCUCCAGAGGUGCUGCCUGACCUGCUGAGUUACUCCAACAUUUUGUGUCUAUCUUCUGUUGUUAACUAAAUCGAAUUAUUGCUGAAUAUGUAAGUACAGAUUUCCCCAUUCACGGUAUAAUCUGGUUAGUUAGAAUUUUGCGUGUUAGUUUUUGAGUGUUAGUAUAUUCCAGUUUGAACAUGAAUUAAUUCUGUAGUUUUUAGCAUCUGAUGGAUAAAGUUGACCGGAAAGGAUGAUGUACAGAUCACUUAAUCAUAGAGUCAUACAGUAUUGAAACAGGCCCUUCAGCCCAACUUGCCCACACUGUCCAACAUGUCCUAUCUACACUAGUCCCACUUGCCUGCGUUUGACCCAUAUCCCUCGAAACCCAUCCUAUCCAUGUACCUGUCUAAAUGCUUCUUAAAUGUCACGAUAGCCCCUGCCUCAACUACCUCUUCUGGCAACUCGUUCCAUACACCCACCACCCUCUGUAUGAAUAAGCUAGCCCUCAGAUUCCUAUAAAAUCUUAACCGCUUCAAUUUAAACCUAUGCCCUCUGAUUCUGGAUUCCCCUACUCUGGGCAAGAGACUCUGUGUGUCUACCCAAUCUAUUCCUCUCAUGAUGUUAUAUACCUCUAUAAGAUCAUCUUAAUUAUAAAGGUUUUUCCAAUGGACCAAAGUGUAGCUUUAAGCAGAAGCAUCCUACCUGGAAAGGAGAUGAACAAAACAUUAUGGGCGGCUGGCAUAGUGGCACAGCUGGUAGAGCUGCUGCCUCACAGCGCCAGAGACCUGGAUUCGAUUCGGACCUCAGGUGCUGUCUGUGUGGAGUUUGCAUGUUCUCCCUGUGACUGUGUGGGUUUCCCAUGCUUCACAGAAGUGUGGGUUGGUAGGUUAAUCAGUCUCUGUAAAUUACCCUUAGUGUGCAGGGAGUGGAUGAGAAAGUGGGAUAACAUAGAACCCGUGUGAACAGGAGAUCGGUGGUUGGAUGGACUCGGUAGACAAAAGACCUCUUUUAGGUCUACAGUGUGGAAACAAGCCCUUCUGCCCACCGACCAUCCAUCACCCGUACACUAAUUCUAUCUUAUCCCACUUUUGCAUCAUACACAUUAGGAGCAAUUUACGGAGGCAGAGAACAGUCCUGAAAUACUAUCUGCCUCAUCGGGGACCCUCGAACCUUACUGGCUCUACCUUGCACUAAACGUUAUUCCCUUAUCAUGUAUCAGCACACUGCGAAAGGCUCGAUUGUAAUCACGGAUUGCCUUUCAGCUGUCAGGAUAGCACGCAACAAAAGCUUUUCCCUGUACCUCGGUACACGUGACAAUAAGCAAAACUAAACUAAAAUGGUACAGCUGGUAGAACUGCUACCUCCCAGUGCCAGAGACCUGGGUUCGAUCCUGACCUCAGGUGGUUCUGAGUGUGUGGGGUUUGCACGUUCUCCCUGUGGUCACGUUGGUUUCCUUCGGGUGCUCUGGUUUCCCCCCCCCGCAUCCUGAAGACGUGUGGGUUUGCAGGGUGAUUGGCCUUUGUAAAUGCCUCCAGUGUGCCACGAGUAGAUGAGAAAGUGAGAUGACAUAGAAUUAGUGCGUUGAUGUUCAGUCAGGACUCGAAGGGCCGAAGGGCCUGUUUCCAUGCUGUAUCUCGAAACUAAAUUAAGAAGGAUCACAAGUGGGACAUUUUGAUAGAUCACGUAGUUUUGAUACCAAAAAAGUAAAAGAAAGUAAUGGGAAGAUAGCAUGAGAAAGUGCGGAUAAAAUGUCUCCCUUUGAAAUUAAUUUGAAUGCAAAACUGAUGUUCUGAAAUAUUGUAAAGGGGAUAUGAAAGCAAGUCUCCAAAGCACCACAGCACAAGUGAGCAAGGUUAGUUGUGACAUGAAUGAAACAUUUUAUAUAAAUAACAGACCUGUGCAUUUUGCGGAUGCAACUCAAAACUCACUUGCAUUUGUUUUUUCAGACAAGCUAACCAUGAUGGUGAUAUAUAAGAUAGCCAAAAGCCUAUGAAAAGAUUCUUUUGAAGGAAAGAUUGAGCCAAAACAUUUUAAAUUAAGAAUACGAAUUUGGAAUGGAUUAGCUAAUUAAAUAAAUUCAGGUGCAGUCACACAUCAGUAAUCCACGUACAAUUUGUAUAAUAUAAUCACAUUCACAGAUACUAUAUUAGCACACUUGGGGUUUAGAUUUAUAUCUAACACAGUACUGGCAAACUUAGAAUAUCAAUUUGCGAAGGUCUUUCGCAUAAUCACAUUUUGAUCUGUUCCUGCAAUAGUUUAGUUUCGUUUAGAGAUACAACGCGGAAACAGGCCCUUCGUCCCGCCGAGUCCGAGCCGAUCAGCGAUCGCUAUAUACUAGCACUAUCCUACACACUGGGGACAAUUUUUUACCAAAGCCAAUUAACCUACAAACCUGUACGUCUUUGGAGUGUGGGAGGAAACCGGAGCACCUGGAGAAAACCCACGUGGUCACGGGGAGAACGUGCAAACUCCGUGCAGACAGCGCCCGUAGCCGGGAUGGAGCCCGGGUUUCUGGUGCUGUAAGGCGGCAACUCUACCGCCGUGCCAGUGAGCGGCCCAACGCAGAUGAUUGCUUCACUGAUAUCCAAUGCAGAAGGUGCUAUUUCAGGGAUGCUCUUCUGCAGUUAGUAGACACUGAAUGCUUAAAUUGUGUUUAAAUUUAUUUUUGAAGCUCUUCUACACAACCGACUGCUCGGCUCGCAGUUAAAAUAAUGUACCUCAGUCAAAUUACCUCUUUGUUCUUCUUGUGAGAAAGGAAAACGUAUCAAUUAUAGUGCAGGUGGAUUGAUUUUGUGUGCAAAUUUAAAUUCAAAUUAUCCGGUUAAAGUGAGGGGAGGGGGGGGGGGGGGGGGGAAAGAUUUAAAAAUAAACUUUGGGAUAACUUUUUCACACAAAGGGUGGUGGAUGUAUGGAAUGAGCUGCAAGAGGAGGUAGUUGAUGCUGGGACCAUCUCCACGUUUAAGAAACAUUUAGACAGGUACAUGGAUGGAUAGGACAGGUAUAGAGGGAUACUGUAUGGGUGAAAGGCAGGAAGUUGGGAUAUGUUGGCUGAUGUAGGUAUGUUGGGCCGAAGGGCCGGUUCCCACGCUUUAUGUCUCUAAGAAACAUUUUAAUCAAGGAACAUUGUUAUUAUUGUUAUGUUAAUGUUCAUUAUUACCUUAAUUGUUACCUUCAUGUUAUUAUUCCUUCAGCAUGCAUGCGGAGUACUGCAUGCCAUGAGUGUAACGCUGCAGUGGCAGUGGCACAAGGAUUUUUGUUAUGUUCUUUGCACAGAUCCUAAAAUCACAAUUAAAUGUAUUUGGGGCUCUGCAAAACUGAA